CAAGGGUUGAAUGCGAACCUCUGCUUGGCAGACAGCCGUCAGACGGUUAGAAUGUGAAAAGAGUGACAGUUUGUGAUCAAGAUUAUUUACAUUUGUGAUUAUCGUUGGGUCUAAGCAAAAUUUAUCAUUACAAUGGAUCCAGCAUUGCUUAGGGAACGAGAACUCUUUAAAAAGAGAGCCCUUACUACUCCGACGGUAGAAAAGAAAAGAAAAGAACAUGAAAAAGACUCUUCUCGUGAUGAACCACUCAAGAAAAAACCUAAACCAUCAUCGGUGUCCAGUGGACCAAAAUUGGACAUGGUUAAUUAUAAAACUAUGUCUGGUAGUACUCAAUAUAAAUUUGGUGUGUUAGCAAAAAUAGUGAAACACAUGAAAGCUCGACAUCAAGAAGGUGACGAUCAUCCGUUAACGUUAGAAGAAAUAUUAGACGAAACUAAUCAGUUAGAUGUAGGAUCUAAGGUAAAGCAAUGGCUCCAAACAGAAGCUCUUAUUAAAAAUCCAAAAAUAGAAGUGACACCUGAUGGUAGAUUUGUAUUUAAAGCUAUGUAUAAAAUAAAAGAUAAAAAAUCUUUGUUAAGGUUAUUAAAGCAACAAGACUUAAAAGGUCUUGGUGGAAUUUUAUUAGAAGAUAUACAAGAAAGCUUGCCACACUGUGAUAAACAUUUGAAGAGUUUACAAAAUGAAAUAUUAUUCAUCACUAGACCACUAGACAAAAAGAAAAUUGUCUUUUAUAACGACAAAACAGCUCAAUUUCCGAUAGAUGAUGAGUUUCAAAAAUUAUGGAGAGCUGUUGCAGUCGAUGCAAUGGAUGAUCAAAAAAUCGAUGAAUACCUUGAGAAACAAGGUAUAAGAUCAAUGCAAGAUCAUGGUCCCAAAAAGCCUGCUCCAAUCAAAAGAAAGAAGCCUAUUAGUAAGAGGAAACAAUUCAAAAAACCAAGGGAUAAUGAACAUUUAGCAGAUGUAUUAGAAACAUACGAUGACACGAAAUAAAUAUACUCCAAUGUUUGUAAAUAAAAUCAAUCUAUGAAUGAAUUGUUGAAAGAGAAAUAAGAGUGUUUUACCAUUAUAAUUUCGUUCUUACAUAUUGUAAUUAAUAUACAAUCUCAUUUUGAAGCGCGUAGUAUAACAAAUCACAGUGAUAUAAUAAAUAAGUAAAAUAUUUAUUGUCAUAACAUUUCAUUAUAAGUACAAAAUAAAUAUAGAUCAACUGGUAUAAGAUUCCACAUGUAUCUAAAUUACAUGUUUAAAUAUAGUAUGUGAUAAUAUUGAAUAUUAAAUAUUGUUUUAAAUAUAUAUAUAUGUAUUAUAUAUAUUUAAAUAUAUAUGUGGCA